GUACAGAUGACUACUUCAUGACCAGCGGUUUUUGCAUUGAUGUUGGGCUGUAUGACGUCGUCACCGGACGGCGCAUCAAGACGUUCCGAAAUUUGCACCAGAACUUUAUCAAUAUACUACGCUUUUCGCACCGAACUCCGCAGCUCUUUGCAACGGCGUCCUUCGAUCACACCUGCAAGGUUUGGGAUCUACGGGACCCCAAUCUGAAUGCGGACAAACCGGUUGCCUGCUGCAGCACGGACACGUUGAAU